AUGAAUACAGAAAAGGUUUAUGAAGCUGUUUCAAGACUUUUGAGACUAUUGGAACGCGAAAAGAUUAUCCAUAUAGCUAAUUUGGACAAUUUGAAGAGUUUCUUUGGAAUUUCGACCGUUUUCUUCUGUUUUCAAGACUACUCUGCCUUCAAAAUGAAUACUGAAAAGGAUUAUAAAGCUGUUUUAAGCCUUAUGAGAGAGGAUUAGAACUCGAUACGACUAGCAAUACAGUCAAUUUGGAUAAUUUGGAGAUUUUUCUUGGAAUUUCGACAGUUUUAUUCCGUUUUCAAGACUAUUAUGUCUUCAAAAUGAAUACUGAAAAGGAUUAUAAAGCUGUUUUAAGCCUUAUGAGAGAGGAUUAGAACUCGAUACGACUAGCAAUACAGUCAAUUUGGAUAAUUUGGAGAUUUUCCUUGGAAUUUCGACAGUUUUAUUCCGUUUUCAAGACUAUCAUGUCUUCAAAAUGAAUACUGAAAAGGAUUAUAAAGCUGUUUUAAGCCUUAUGAGAGAGGAUUAGAACUCGAUACGACUAGCAAUACAGUCAAUUUGGAUAAUUUGGAGAUUUUCCUUGGAAUUUCGACUGUUUUCUUCCGUUUUCAAGACUAUCAUGUCUUCAAAAUGAAUACUGAAAAGGAUUAUAAAGCUGUUUUAAGCCUUAUGAGAGAGGAUUAGAACUCGAUACGACUAGCAAUACAGUCAAUUUGGAUAAUUUGGAGAUUUUCCUUGGAAUUUCGACAGUUUUAUUCCGUUUUCAAGACUAUCAUGUCUUCAAAAUGAAUACUGAAAAGGAUUAUAAAGCUGUUUUAAGCCUUAUGAGAGAGGAUUAGAACUCGAUACGACUAGCAAUACAGUCAAUUUGGAUAAUUUGGAGAUUUUCCUUGGAAUUUCGACAGUUUUCUUCCGUUUUCAAGACUAUUAUGUCUUCAAAAUGAAUACUGAAAAGGAUUAUAAAGCUGUUUUAAGCCUUAUGAGAGAGGAUUAGAACUCGAUACGACUAGCAAUACAGUCAAUUUGGAUAAUUUGGAGAUUUUCCUUGGAAUUUCGACAGUUUU